AAUCUGUGAAUGUGAAGUCUUUUUCAGUUGACCGGUGCAGCAUAUUUUGUGUUUGGUAUUUCGGUUUGAUCCGGGUUUGCCGUUAAAAAAUACUAAUUUUGUUAUUUGUUUGCAUAAAAAUAUUGUAAGAUGGGGGAUAGCAAUCUCCUUGCGGCAUAUAAACUGAUAAACUCUCAGUUGGUAUUAAGCAACCAGAAGCUCAAAGAAGAAAUGAAGGAAAAAGCGGAUUUAGAAUGCUGCCUGAAUCAGGAAUUGCUUCAGUACCGGGCGGAAAAUAAAACGCUUCGGGACAUGGUGAAAAAGUUAUUGGAACAGUUUAGCAUGGUAACCACGAUUAUGGGAUCGGUUCGAGAUCAGAGCGAGUCGGUUUUCAAUAAGGUCUUCAAUGAACACGCGAUGCAGGAGCAUAAACAGCAGACGCGAAGAUCAGUGGCCGCAUUGUUCUACGAGAAACGUCGAGCCGAGCGAGCGCCAUACGUGGAUGAAGCUGCAAUUGAAGAAGCAGAUAACGAAAAUUGUUCGAUGGAAGACUAUCGAACUGCAGUUGAUGAUGACGAAUAUGGAAAUCAAUCUGGGGAGCUGCCGGACGAGGAGCCGAUGGAAGCUUCGGUUAAAAGUUCCACCCCGUCGAAAAGCCCUCUGAUGAAAAGACUGGAGCGUAAAUCUAGGAGUUUUAGCAUAGAUGAAUCGUUUGAAACGAUAGAUAGAAAUCGGGUCGUGAAAGCGGUUCGAAAAAGUCAAGAGUACCUCCAGCAGAGGGAAACUAGGGACGGCAGGCCUAGCGACGAUGACAGUCUGCAGGAGAGAAGCAUAAACAAAACGGAAAUGGUCGAGUCCCAUCUGAGUGUCGAGGCGCAUGCAAUUACUGUUGACGUAACGGAUGCUACGAAAGGUCAAUCUACACUACGUAACAGCACGCUGUUUGAAGCCAGCAGUAUUUGCACUAAUUCCGGCGUUGACAGUGACCUCAGCACUCAAAGUGAGCAAAACCAGACAACGGACCAGAGCCUUCGACCGGUGUCGAUGAAGCGCAUGGCUAGCGAUUCCCUACUAACAACGCUAAUCGAACGCGAAACCAACAAGGAAAACAGCACCAUCAACAACGACACUAUUGCCAACGCUGCUGCUUGUUCUACACCCGUUGUUCGGAAGGGUCGUAGUAAGAAACCAAAGCCGUCUAACUCCUGCGGGCGGUCCAUUGUGUCUCCCGUUCCGUACGUGUCAUUGAAACCAUUGACGAUUCAAAAUCUCAGCAAGCACGACGUAUUCUGUGCGGGACUAGAGCUGACCACUGGCGACCAUAAGAAAGUGAAAGUCGAAGAACCCGACAGUUGUAGCGACCAGAAUAGUUUAGAUUCAAGCGAUUCUAGGCGACCCCGACGUAAAGCGGCUCCUAAAACGCUUAAGGAACCAAGACUCAAUGUGAAACAGCGACGGACGUAGUGAUUCCUAUUAUGUUUUAUUGUAAUUUCCCUUUUUAGUUUAAGUUAAAUCUACACUAAUUAUUGCCAUUAAGGUGAGCAUUAAUUUUGAACCCAGUUAUGUAGACUCGUAGAUAACAAGAAACAUGAUAAUUUUAAAUUUUACAGUUUGUUGUAGUAAUUUAUUCAUGAUCACGGAAUACAAAUACAAAUAUGUUGCUUUAUAUGCAUGACAUUUCAA